UCUUUCACCCCUCCAGCGGACCGACAAAGCUCUCUCUCUUUUCCCGCCGCGCAGCGCGCAGCGGGAUCUUCUCCUCGCCGCCCAUCGCCAUUGUUCCAUUGUUCCUUGUCGUCGUCGUCAUCGACAUCGUUCCUUGCCGUUAAUUUUCCAAUUGUAUGUGUACAAGCGGGAGGUGUCGACUUCUGUGCUGUGGGAUUGAGUGAGCACUGGCUAUGGCUUCCUUAGCGUCGGUGGUUGGCACGUGCCUUUUGGGCCGAACUGGAAGCGGGGUCUGUGCAAAUUGUGUACGGGGUGACUUGCAGCAGCAGCAGCAGCAGCAUCGAGUACCGACGGGCGGGGUUGCGCAGGCAGCAGUUGCCGGGCCUUCUCUCAGGGGGCAUUGUUUUCCUGAGAAGUGGACACUGGCGUCGCAGUUGGUUGGCGGCAGACGCUGUGGUGGGUGUUCGACGCAGAGGAGGAGGGGAUCGCUUGUCGUUCACAAUGGAUUGUUCGGCGGUGGAAAGAAGGAAGAUGAAGAAGGCCAGGAGGGGGGAAGCAAGAAGGGCGGCAUGUUCGGGAACAUGUCUGGCUUGAUGGAUACUGUGAGGAAGGCUCAGCAGAUUGUGCAGGUGGAGGCCGUUAAGGUUCAGCAGGAGCUCGCCGCUGCCGAGUUCGAUGGGUACAGCGAAGGGGAGCUGGUAAAGGCGGUGUUGACUGGAAAUCAGGAGCCCUGUCGGGUGGAAAUCACGGAGGAGGCGAUGGAGCUGGAGCCAGAGGAGCUCUCCCGGCUCGUGACGGAAGCGUACAAAGACGCCCAUCAGAAGAGUGUGCAGGCAAUGAAGGACAGGAUGAAGGAUCUAGCCCUCAGUCUGGGCAUGCCCCCAGGUCUCACCGGUGGGGGGAACUCCCCCAACUAACUGCAUUGCUACUUGUGCUGACAAGGGGCGGAGACUCCCCGUUAAUGGAUGUUGGAGCUAUGCUUUUUUUUUGCAGUGCAUAUAUUUUUAGGAGCCGUGGUAGUCUAUUAUUCUUACCAGCUGUAGUGUCGUCUGCCCGGUCGUACCGGGGAUAGCGUUGUGAAUGGGGGAAUCAAAGGGUGGAGUGUUA